UUGGAUUACGAAACGGUGAUAUCUCAUACCGUUGUGGUACACGCCACAGACGGUGGUACGCUAAAGUUAACUGGGACAGCCACAGUCGUGAUCAAUGUUUUACCCGCCAAUGAUAACGCACCUGUAUUUACAGAUCCCAACGGUAGUGCUAUCAUAAAUGAAACUACACCGGUUGGGACAAAUAUUUAUAACGCUACGGCUACUGAUAGCGAUGUUGGAACUGGAGGGAAAGUGAGUUAUUAUAUCAUCAGCGGUAAUGGACCGAGUAACACAACUUUCUACAUCAACCCUAAUCAAGGCGUAACGUAUGUAUGGUCAGUUUUAGACUACGAUACACCCCCACAAAUUUACAAUCUAACCCUAAAGGCAGAAGACUCUGGUGGACUAUUUGAUACUAUGUGGCUUUCUAUUACCCUUACUGACGAGAACGAUGAAUAUCCAGUGUUCACUCAAAAUACGUAUAAUGCAGCUAUAAAUGAAGACGUAACUGUAGGAACACCUGUAGCCCAGAUUGUAGCUAAUGAUGCUGAUUCUGGAGUAAAUGGACAAGUUACAUAUUCAAUAGUAUCAGGAGAUGGACAAACAAGUUUUGAAAUUAAUCCAGCAACUGGCAAUUUUUAA